AUGCACUAUAUUGGUCAAGAUGCUUCAUUUACAGAUGCGUACAAAGCCAUAAAGGCCAAAACGCUGGUGGAAGCAGUAGAAAUCCUUAUUAAGAAACUUCACUUGUGCCAAUGUGCCCUGGGAAAUGCGUACAAGGGCCAGGAACAUCUAGUUGCUGCUGUCACUAGAGCCUGUCAAGAUUCGCCUGAGAUGAGCGACGCUCUUAGUGAUCCUGCAACGAAUUUUGAGACGUUGGUAUCAAGACUCCGUGCCAGGGCCGCUGUGGUCCAAGGAAAGAAGUCAGCCAAAAGUUCUUGGGCCGCACAAACUAGAAUAAUUGACAAACCCCACGUCAAGAAUAUCGACGCCAGGGAUAUGAUGAUUGUAAUUCCUGCUAACAAGAUAAUAGAAAGUGUUGGAUCUGCCACAGAUCUAAUUACCGCUCAUUCAAACACUCUGAUGAGGAGCGCCGCAGAGCGAGAGAGCAAUGGUAGACGCUCCGCUUCUGACCACACAUAUCGCGCCUUUAUUAUAGACUUUGAAAAGGGCUGUAUAAUUGAGUCAGAUAGUAAGGAGGAUAACAUUGAAGAAGAAGACGACAUUGAGGACAACGCCACUGCUUAUUUCAUGAUCAACAAACUGCAAGAUUGUUCCUUUAUCCAUUGGAUAAGUGGAUACCAUGACGAUAUCGAUCAGGAAGGAUUCCACCACAAAUUGGAGGUAAGAGAGCUUGAUCAAUCAGAGCGCAAGGAUGGCCUCCUAGAACCUGCUUCUCAAUUUGUACUUGAACACCAUGAAGGCGAGAUUUUCCAAGGAAUUCUUCCAGAUACUGGAGCAGCAAAGGUAUCAACUAUUGGCCGACGUCAACUUGCUGCCUUACAGAGAAGCUAUCCAGAGAUUACCGUUAAUAGGACCCAUGCAGGAGAGCACUCAAUUCGAUUUGGCCAAGGGAGACGUACAGGUCCUAAUUAUCAGAAAGCGAGGCCACCCAUAACGACGUCCUUCCAGGCCGCACGAUUCUUGAAGUCUUUAUCUAUAAAAGAUACAUGGGAAGCGCUCCAGGUAGUGUGGAUUGACACCUAUCUUGGCCCUCCUGAUGUCAUCUCACACGACAUAGGAACCAAUUUUGCCGCAUUAGAAUUCAAAACUGAGGCUAAGAUGAUGGGAAUCCAAUAUUACCAAGUGCCAGUGGAAGCACACAAUGCAAUUGGGAAAGUUAAGCGUUACUAUGCACCACUGCGUAGAGCAUACAACAUCAUAUCGGCAGAACUAGGUGCUAGCGUCAACAAGGAUGUGAUCCUCCAGAUGGCUGUCAAAGCUAUCAAUGAUACUGUGGGACCAGAUAGAAUAGUUCUAACUGUACUCGUUUUUGACACUUACCUAUGCAUAACGACUGACUCACCCCUAUCCGCGUUAACUGCUCGACGUGCUGAGGCAAUGAGAAAGGUGAUGGCCAAAUUAAGAUGUAUGGUGGCAGAGCGACAAGUCAAUGACACACUUAACACUAGGAACGGCCCAAUUAUCAUGGAAACGCUCAAUCUCGCACCAGGGAGCAAAGUCAAAGUAUGGCGCAAAGGAGAUAGUUGGUCAGAACCAUACAAAGUUAUAUCAGUCAAUGGCCAUGACGUGACUGUAGAUCUUGGAAAUGGUGCUGUUGCAUUCAGGGCAACAUCAGUACAGCAGUAUUUACAUGAUAGCAAGGAUGAGAGUGAUCGCCUGAUUAGAUUGCCUCUCUCUCCCCCCCAAGAGGAUCUCAAUCGCCAGGACAGUCGGUCCCAAGUCAACUUCGACCAGACUCCGAGGACUAGAGUAAGAGUAAGACUGCAAGACCAUCCUGCAAAUCCGAAUCACCGUAUUGAGACUAGAGGAGUCCACGCACCGCAGACCCCCGAGAUGCCUGCGUUGCCACGCCGCCGAGGACGACCGCGUGGUUCUAAAAAUAAGCCAAAAGCGUACGCCAAAGUGUUCAUAUCCAAAAAGGAGAGGGACGACCUUGAACUUGCCGUCAAGCUGCAGCGUGAAGGCAAGAUCGCCACCAAUGGCGCGCUAUUCGAAUUAUUAGGCAAAACAGAGAUCGACAGCUUGAUAGCAAAUGGGACCUUUAAGAUCCUUCACCGUGCCGAUAUAGACCUGCGUGGCAUCAGAAUUUUUAAUUCCCGCCUUGUUAAUGAGAUAAAGGGCAAGAAUGAGAUUCCCUAUAAGAAAUCUUGA